GUCAGUCACAUAUUUAUGUUCUCAAUAAUCUGUUUGCUACCAAGCAUAAGAACAGUCUCAUGUACAAUUGCAUAAAAAAAUCUACAGGGUGACAUUCUAGCUUUGGUUGGGAACUUCAAAUAGACUGAAUACUAGGCAAGAUAAAAUGGAGGAAGUCGAUAAAAUUAUUAUAGAUUCUUUGAAACAAUUAGAAUGUGACUUUGGAGCUAUUACCACAUUAAAACAGUUUGACGCAGAUAUGGUAGUUAAAGCAGUCUCAUAUUGCUUAGAGGCUAUAACACCUGAUGUUACAUUUCCCAAAAAGCUUCCUCCCUCAAUGAUCACUCGUCUGAAAGUUGCAUCUGAUAUAGCAGAGCAUAUUAAAGACCUUGGAUUUAGGGGCGAUAUGGGUUAUCAAACAAUUCUGUAUUGUAAUGAGGUGGAGAUUCGACGUGUUUUGAUGUUUCUGAUUGAAAGAUUGCCUAGAGAAGAGAGUAAAACUGUCGCACCUAUUGAGCAAACUGGCUAUGUACCUAGGCUCGUGAAAUAUAUUGAGGAGAACCUCAAAGAAUCAUUAAAUCAGUUGUGGGUGCCAUCAUUUUUCUUGAAGAAUGGUAUCAGAACUUGUGGUGAUGGUGAGAUAGUUAAUUCAUUUGGGAACUGCAGACCAUUAGAGACUAUUUGUUUAGAUAUUCCUGAUCCCAGUACAGAAAAUGAUGUCAGUUAUAGCUACUUUUGGAGUAGAAAAUUGCAACACUAAUGCUGGAAUUCUCAUCAAGAUCGCAGCAUUGCUGUUUUCACUUAUCAAACAUUUUUUGAUGAUAAAACUAUUUCCACCUCUAUCUUUGGCCUUCCUUCACAUCAGCCCAUAAAAUAUGUGGAUGUUUUUUGCAGAAUUGAAACAAUAUUGGGCUGAUACUGUUUCUCCAGUGUCAAAACAAUGUUCUGUAAAGCAACUCAUACCUUCACUGUUAUUUAAUGACAGUAGCUUUCCUACUAGUACAAAUUUAAAGAAUAUGAGUGAAUAUGAUCAGCAGAAUUUAGUUGAAAAAGUAGAAAGUGAUAUACAGUUAUGCAAGGAAUUGAAUGAGGCAAGUAAUAAUGUAUCCAAAAAUAAGGCUGAAAUUGACCAGGUCAUAGAAGAAGUUCAAAGUUUGAAUGUUGAGUUAAAUGCUUUAAGAGAAACACUCAAGACUGAUGGGCAGCAUUUAGCACAGGUAGUAGCUAUGAAAAAUGAAGAGCAAGAAAUACUGAAAAGGACUAUGUCAAAAGUCAAGCUGAAAUUAAAAACAAACACCUUAGUUACAACAAAUAAGGAGGAGAACAAAGCCGGGUUGAAAAACCUUAUUCAAAAUGCCAAAGAUCAUCUUGUGAAGUUGGCUAACCAGUGGAAUGAAGUACAAACUCCUCUACUGGAAGAACUGAAGACCUUACAGAGCACAUUGACAGAGGCAGAAAAAAAAUUGCAAGAAGAGAAAUAUAAGCUCAAUGCUAUAAAGACAACUCAUGCAAAAUUAAUAGAUGAUCUGAAAGAAAAAACUGUAAUGGAGCAGAAUUUGCUACAAAAGUAUCAUCAGAUGGGUAGCAAUAGCAACAGAUCUGCAUACACUAGACGAAUUUUAGAAAUAAUUGGGAACAUUAGAAAACAACAUAAUGAAAUUCAGAAAGUACUAAAAGAUACUAGGAGGAUACAGAAAGAUAUAAAUAAUCUUACUGGACAAGUGGAUAGGUCUUUCACUUUGUCAGAUGAAUUAAUAUUUAGAGAUGCCAAAAGUGAUGAAAUAGCAAGGAAGGCAUAUAAGUUGCUUGCAUCUUUGAGAGAUGAAUGCAGCCUUAUCUUGAGAGCUGUCACAGAGCUAGGCCAAACCGAAAGAGAAUCCAGGAAUCUAUAUGAACAGAUUGAAACAGAGAAGUCUAAAGAAAUAAGUCUGAAAUUGGAAAGAGUUACUUCCGACUUGGCUCAAAUAGAAAAAGAAACACACACAUUAGUGAAUAGAACUGAAAAUUAAACAAAAAUGUAUUUAUACAAAUUGUACAUAAUAAAAUUAUUUUUUCUUCUAACACUUAAA